AUGGAAGAGCAAGUAGCUUCUUCUUUUUUUGUUUCAUGGGGGAGAGACGAGAGAGAAAAUCCAUCAUUAAAAAUUCCAUACUUGGCGGUGGUUGUUGCUGCAGAGUAUAAUGGUGAAUGUCUGAGACAACUAAAUCAUUCAAAUAAAGUAAAUCCUGAGAUUGAUGCCACUUGUGUGUUGAAUGAGGUUGCUUCACAAGAUUGGAUUGCGAAGUGUCGCUUAUUGGAGUAUCAGUACG